UUCUUUUCUCCGCAUUUCAUUUCCAUUUCAAUUUCUUUCUCUCUAGACGUUACUUUCUCUAUUCUCAAAGUCACACACAGCACUUUCUCUCUCAUCUUAACUCUCUCCCAUGUUUCCUCAGUUUCAUCGAUGGAGAGUGAAGCCUUAACUCUGCUUAUUCCGUGUCCCAGAUCUCGUUGUUGCUUCCGAUUCUUUGAUUCUUCGCUUCUUUCUUCUUCUCACUUCACAUUCCGAUUCGUCGCAGAUUCUUUUGGUUUCUAAACAUCAUGAUCGUCACUGCCUCCAUCUGUAAUCGCUAAUUGAAGGCAUGGGAGGUGGUCCAGAGAAAUCAAAAUCUCCUUCAACUUCGUCUUCCCUUUAGGUGUAAAAGUCACAGCUAACGAUAUAGAAAUGAAAUCGCUAACUGUUAACACUGAAGAUUCUUUUUCCAGUUUACUGGAACUUGCUUCUAACAAUGAUAUUGAAGGCUUCAAGGUCCUUUUAGAGAAGGAUUCUUCUACGAUCAAUGAGGUUGGGCUCUGGUAUGGCCGGCAAAACGGAUCAAAGCAAUUUGUUCUUGAGCACAGAACCCCUUUGAUGGUUGCUGCCACUUAUGGUAGCAUUGAUGUUAUGAAGAUGGUACUUUUGUGCCCCGAGGCAGAUGUGAAUUUCGCGUGUGGGGCGAACAAAACCACUGCCCUCCACUGUGCUGCUUCUGGUGGGUCUACCAAGGCUGUUGAUGCCGUCAAGCUUCUUUUAUCGGCCGGGGCCGAUGUCAAUUGCGUGGAUGCAAAUGGGAAUCGCCCUAUUGAUGUGAUUGCUGUUCCUCCCAAGCUGCAAGGUGCGAAAGCCGUUCUUGAGGAACUUCUUUCGGACAAUGCUUCUGAUGUGUCUGUUGGUGAAUUCUCUGUCCCGGUGUCUGUUAAUUCUUCCAGUCCGGGUUCUCCUGCCCAUUCGUCGAAUGGGAUGCCGUACACUCCUUCGGUUUCACCGCCAUCCCCCGUGGCUGCAAAGUUUACUGAUGCAGCUAUUUGCUCUUUGUCGGAGAAGAAGGAAUACCCGAUUGAUCCAUCGCUGCCUGAUAUAAAGAACAGUAUAUAUGCGACUGAUGAGUUUCGGAUGUUUUCGUUCAAGGUGAGACCUUGUUCCCGGGCAUACUCUCAUGAUUGGACUGAGUGUCCUUUUGUUCAUCCCGGAGAGAAUGCUCGGAGGAGAGACCCCAGGAAGUUCCAUUACAGCUGUGUGCCGUGCCCUGAUUUUAGAAAAGGGGCUUGCAGGCGUGGAGACAUGUGUGAAUAUGCUCAUGGGGUGUUUGAGUGCUGGCUGCACCCGGCUCAGUAUCGGACACGCCUCUGCAAAGAUGGCACCAGUUGCAAUCGAAGGGUGUGUUUUUUUGCUCACACUGCAGAGGAGCUUCGUCCGCUGUAUGUGUCCACUGGAUCUGCUGCCCCUUCGCCCCGUUCAUCUGCUUCAGGUCCUAAUGUCAUGGACAUGGCUGCUGCCAUGAGCCUUUUUCCAGGAUCGCCUUCAUCGGGCUCUUCCAUGUCGCCGUCCCACUUUGGGCAGCCAAUGUCCCCAUCUGCAAAUGGCAUGCCACUGUCUUCUGCUUGGGCUCAGCCAAAUGUGCCGGCUCUUCAUUUACCAGGAAGCAAUCUUCAAUCUAGUCGAUUGAGGUCUUCCCUAAGUGCUCGUGACAUUCCACCAGAAGACUUGAACAUGAUGUCUGAUCUUGAUGGCCAGCAGCAGCACCAUCUGAAUGACUUGAGCUGUUACAUACAGCCUCGCCCCGGUGCCAGUUCUGUGAGUAGAUCUGGUCGGUCCAAGACCCUAACUCCAUCAAAUCUGGAAGAGCUCUUUUCUGCUGAGAUUUCUUUGUCUCCCCGGUAUUCUGAUCCAGCAGCCGGUUCUGUGUUUUCCCCUACUCACAAAUCAGCUGUUCUCAAUCAGUUUCAACAGCUCCAAAGUAUGUUAUCACCUAUAAAUACUAAUUUGCUGUCUCCUAAGAAUGUUGAGCAUCCUCUUUUUCAGGCUUCUUUUGGUGUCUCUCCUUCUGGAAGGAUGUCACCAAGAAGUGUUGAACCAAUCUCUCCAAUGAGUGCUCGUUUAUCUGCAUUUGCUCAGCGAGAGAAACAGCAGCAACAGCUGCGCAGUGUUAGUUCAAGAGACCUUGGUGCCAACAGUCCUGCCUCACUUGUUGGCUCCCCUGCAAACCCUUGGUCAAAGUGGGGUUCUCCUAUUGGGAAAGCUGAUUGGUCAGUAAAUGGAGACUCCCUUGGUCGUCAGAUGCGAAGAUCAUCCUCGUUUGAGCGCAAGAACAAUGGGGAAGAGCCUGAUCUCUCUUGGGUCCAAUCUCUGGUGAAGGAGUCCCCACCUGAGAUGAUCAAAGAGAAGUUUGCAUCUCCUAUGCCUACUGCAUCUGCUGAUGGACCGAAUUCAAAUUCCCAAAUUGAAUCCAUUGACCAUUCUGUUUUAGGAGCCUGGCUUGAGCAAAUGCAGCUGGAUCAGCUUGUAGUCUAGUCAAAAUUGACCCUUUACAUAUCUUGUUGAGAUAGGUAUUUAAUUUCGUAAGGUACAUAUUCUUUUGGUGAAAUUUUUUGGGAAGACAACAAGGAAAGAAGUGUAGUAAAAGGAAUGGAGGAUUGGUUGGCUGCGAAGUUACCUGAAGGAUAUUCUAUUUUUUCUUCUUUUUUUAAAUAAUAAUUGUCAUUCAUUAUUUUACUACAGAGCUUCAAGAGAGUUGAAGAAGCUCUCUCUCUUGGGGCUGAAAUUCAAUAGUAGGAGAAAAAUCCUGUCGAGGUUAUCUAUUUUUCUUCCAAAACGGCCCCGUUUCAGGAUUUUUCCCCUUGCUAUUUUACUUGAUUUCUGAGUUCACUAUCAAGCAAGCUAGUUUGGUUUAUAAUGGAACAAAAACCAUUAUUAGCCUGCGUUUGUUUUGAAAGAUUUUUCUGAAGUUCACUAAGUUAAGCCAAGUCAAUGAUUUGCUGUUGCCUAUGGUUGAAGUUGUUUCUUUCUGAGGGAAUAAUUAGAGAUGAUCUGCACUGUUGAAUAUUUACGGCAGAUAAAUGAGAUAGUGAAGUUUACAUUGUUCUUCCUGUUAAGCUGUGUUACCUUGAAUUGUACUGGUUAUAUAUAUCCAUUUCGUUUCUAAUUCAAAUCAAAUGUAAUGUUUUUCUUUUCUUGUC